AUGGAAGACGUCAGAGUGUGUCGCAUUUGCUUAAAUAUGGACGUAGACAUGCAGGAUUUAUUAUCCUACCCUUUGGAAACAUAUUUUGCAUCAAUGAUGAUUGAUAGUAAGCCACUCUAUCCCACCUUGCCACCCUAUGCUUGCUAUCAGUGUGCUGCUCUUGUGAAAAAGUUCCAUUUCUUCAGACAAAAAUGUUUACAAAGUCAAGUCUUAUUAUGUGGAAUAAUUGAUGAUUGUGGGAAGGUAAUAGCAACUGAAAUAAAAUCAAUAGACAAGCAGAACCUCCUUGCUAUUUCAAAUGUGACACAGAUAAGCAUAGAACAGGACACCACAGACUGCUUAGACAUAGAGCAACCAGUCUUUGCCACAGAGGUCAUUAAAAAGGAGUAUUAUGACGAUGUUGAUUUAGAUGUUCCUGAUCCUUGUAGCCCAUAUAAUGGCUCCAGUGAUGAUGAAAGCAAGAAAAGUGAAAAACAGCAGGAUUUUGAGAAGGAUGAAAUUCAGGUGAAAAUAGAUGAUGAGCUGGAUGAACCCGAGCUUCCAGAAACAAUAGUAGAAGUGCCAAAACUACCUGUAAGAAAAACUCGGCUGGGUCCGUCGAAAAAAGAUGGGAGAUCAAAAAGGGUGUCUACAAAAUCAAAGAAAAUAAUAAAUAAGAUGAAGGAUGUGGAAAGUGAAGACAAUACUGAUAUGGAUGAUAUUACUAUUAUCAUAUUAACAUUAGAGGAGCAGCUAGAAGAGAUGAACAAACGCAAGCAGUCGUCCAACUACCUGAACUGCACGUACCAGUGCCAUCUCUGUUACAAGGGGUUCAACAACACACACGCCUGGAAACAUCAUCUCACUAAACAUUCGCCGAACGCAGGUGACUUAGAAUGCCCAAUAUGCAAGUACAGGUUCAAAACAAAGCGCAACUUGCAGAGGCACGCUCUCAACCACGGCAAGAAGUUCGUCUGCAAGCUAUGUCCGUAUAACUCUAGUAAUAUAACGACAGUGAAACAGCAUCAAGGAUCACACAAAGGAAUUACAUACAAAUGCAAAUAUUGUGACGAGGUUUUCACAGUACGAACGACAUAUGUUAGCCACAUGCGUAUAAAGCAUCCUUCGGAGAACAUAUGUUGUUACUGCGGAUACUCCUUCUAUAGUAAACGAGGACUUGUCGUACAUAAGAAUAUGGUACAUAAAGACUAUGAGAUAAAACCAGAAGAGAAUACAGAAGACGGUCCAUACUGCGCGGAGUGCGACGUGAAGUUUGUGUCGAGCGUAGCGUACAAACGGCACAUGGUCAUGUCGGUCAAACACACGCAGAGCACGGACUCUAUUAACGGAUGUCGUGUAUGUGGAGCCAUGUUCUCUGACCCUGAGGAGUUGAGGGUCCACCAUCGUAAAGAACAUCCCAAGAGGCAGCCUGUACAUUACCGGCUGAAGGGGGCCAAGACAAAAUGGCCGGCGCAAUGUGAACACUGUCCCGAAGAGAUACCGAAUGCCCGAGCAUACUGGAAGCACUUCCGACUGAUGCAUCCCAACGAGAACUACCCCUUGCAAAAGAAUUGUGUCUGUGAUAUAUGUGGAAAGAUGUUCACGUGCAACGCCCUCCUAGUGAUGCACAAACGCACCCACUUCGGCGAGCGUCCGUACAAAUGUUCUCAGUGCGACAAGGCUUGCUUCACUGCAUUCGACCUCAGAGUGCAUCAGCAGAAACACUCGGACACACGGCCCUUCCCUUGCAAUAUAUGCUCCAAGGCUUUUAAGAGGAAAGAGGCGCUCGAAAGACAUUUAAAGAUCCAUUCUGGCGACAAUCCAUUCAAGUGCGAGAUAUGUGGCGUAGCGUUCAGUAAGUCGUGUACUCGUACUCUACACGUCCGCACCGUGCAUACCAAGGAACCUGCACCCACGCGGAGAAGGAGGCUUAAGGAUAACAAAUAA